AUGGCGCUGUGCGGCCGCUCCGCUCUCCUCCCGCCGCCCCCGCGGCACCGGCCCCGGCCCCGAGCCCCGGGGCCCUUCGUCAGCUGCAGCCGCCUCCGAAAUAUUCAGAGUAUUCUGACACAGAGCAGCAAAUCUCAGCCUGAUGGAAUCCUCUGCAUUUUAGGCAUAGACAGUCGAUACAAUGAAGGAUGCAGAGAGCUGGCAAAUUAUCUGCUCUUUGGUUUGUACAACCAGAACAACAAUGACUUUGAAAGGACAGGUUUUCCUGAGGAAGUUCUGGAUGAUAUAAUCAUAUUAAUAAAACCUGACAGUGUUCAUCUGUACUGUAACCCUGUGAAUUACAAUCAUCUUUUACCCUAUGUGGCACACUGGAGGAACUUGCAUUUCCACUGUCUGACUGAAAAUGAGUAUGAAGAUGAAGAAGCUGCAGAGGAGUUCAAGAUUUCCAGCUUUGUGGACAUGGUCAGGGAUUGCAGCCGCAUUGGGAUCCCCUACAGCUGCCAAGGCCACCUGCAGAUAUUUGACAUGUUCAUCGUGGAGAAGUGGCCGAUUGUCCAGGCCUUCGCGCUCGAGGGGAUCGGCGGCGACGGCUUCUUCACCAUGAAAUAUGAAUUAAUGGAUGUCAGUGCUGAUUUAUGGAAGACCUACAGCAAAAUGGAUCCUGUGUCCUUGGAGGAUUUGCUUUUUGAGGAUUUAACGAUUUUUGAACACCAGUGGACCAACUUUUUUGCAAAUUUUGACACUGAAAUUCCCUUCAUUCUGGAACUCUCAGAAUCUCAGGCUGGGGAGCCCUUCAGAAGUUAUUUCAGCCAUGGCAUGAUCUCAAGCCAUAUAACAGAUAACAGCCCGAGCAGGCAGCCCUUUGUCCUGUUUGGCAGCCACUCCACAAAGGAAAACUUGAACACUGGGAACUUUAAUUUUCCAUCUGAAGGGCACCUGGUGCGAAACACUGGCCUUGGUGGGAGCACUGCCAAGCAUAUGGUAGUGCAGUGUGUGUCUCCAAAGGGACCCCUGGCUUGUUCAAGGACCUAUUUUUUUGGAGCCACUCACAUUCCAUUCCUGGGAAAUGACAAUGAGAUGCACAAGCAAGCUGAGCAAGUUACGCUGUUGUCGCAAAUAUAUUCUGCUGUUGUAGAGGCUGUGCUUGCUGGCAUUGAGUGCUAUGCUAAAACUUCCACUGAAUCCAAGGCAAAGGAGGUGGCAGAGCAGGUGCUGCUGUCUGUGUUAGACACCCUUGGCUUAGCCCAGCUGAAAUCUGCUUUACGCUCCAAAAUUGCUUUUCAAAUCCAGGCUGUGAACAACCAUGGCAGAAUUACUCCAUUAGAUAACGAGGACAGCCUGAGUUUGAUUAAAACGGCAUCCAUGAUGGUGUUUGACAUUCCAGACCUGCUCACAGGAAGAGGAUGCUUGGGAUCUGUUGUGUUUUCAGAGUCCUUCCUGACAUCACAAAUACAGGUCAAAGAAAAAGAUGGCAGCAUCCACCCAGACUCCAGGCACGUUAUCCUGACUGCAGCUAUCCCGAGAUUCGCUUCCUGGCUGGUUGAAGACAGUGAUGUGAAACUGUCUGAAAAGGCACAGCAAGUAUUGAAGGAGGACAAAUCUUUCCUGGGCACUUUCCUCACUGGGGGUGAUGGAGUUUAUAUCUGUUCCAGCAAUGCACAGGCCAUGCCUGCAGAAGGCAAACUGUAUUUCUUUUCUGAUGGAAUUCUGUUCUGUGAUCCCCACCACGGCAGCAUUUCCAUUUCCAAAACCCACAUGAGUUCCAUCUCUCUCUAUGAUGGGGAUUCCAACAGCAUCGUUGCUGCUCUCUUCAUAGACUUCAAAAGUUCCCUGCUUCCUCAUCUCCCCAUUGAAUUCCACACCCAGAACAACUUCCUGAUGAUUGCACUUUUCCCCAAAAGAAAGAUUUAUAAAGCUUUUUAUUCCCAGGUUUUCUCUUCAUGGCAAAACCAGGCAAACUCAGGAUUAUCUUUAAGGGUUGUCCCAGAAGAAUUUCUGUCUGAGGAACAAAGGAGGCUGCAUUCCAGUGUUCAGAAGCUCUUCAAUGCCUCUUUUGCUUCUGGGGAAAGAUGCAGAGAGCUGAAACUCUCUGCUGCCAUUCCAGGAUUGGAGAGGUUUGUGCAGCACUUCACAGUCAGCAGUGUCAGCACCAAGCCAGUGAUGAGAGCGCAUCUUCCUGUCCUUCUCCAACAGUCAGAAACCAUUUCUGACAGCAGAGCAGAAGGUGAUAAGGUGAUCAUCACCAUCCUCACUGGGCUGCCAGGGUGCCGUUCCAGCGACCUCUGCUCUUUCCUUGUCACUUUUACCAAGGAGCAUGGCAGGUGGAUUGUGUAUCGGCAGACCAUGGACAGCCCGCAGUGUUUCAGUGCCUCCCACUUCCAGCGCUACCUGACCGGGCUCCUGGAGGCCCAGCAGAACCUUGGGGUCCAUCAGCCCACCCUGAAGAGCACUGGGAAGAGCAACAGGCUCCUGGUGGUGCUGCAAGGGUACACUGAUGUUAUUGAUGUUGUGCAAGCUCUGCAGACUCACCCUGACCCAGAUGUGAAAUCUUCUUUCAUCAUUGGAACAGUCAACACCUGUGUGGAGCCUCUGAGCUGCUACAUGGAACACAGGCUUCUUUUUCCCAAGUUCUUGGACCAGUGUUCACAAGGACUGGUGAGUAACGUGGUUUUCACAAGUCAUGCCACAGAGCAGAGGCACCCACUGCUGGUGCAGCUGCAGAGCCUGAUCAGAGCAGCAAAUCCUGCAGUUUCCUUCAUCCUGGCAGAAAAUGGGAUUGUAACAAGGAACGAGGAUAUUGAACUAAUUCUCUCAGAAAGCAGUUUUUCAAGUCCUCAGAUGAUGAGAGCUCGAUAUUUAAUGUACCCUGGCUGGUAUGAGGGCAGAUAUGGGGCUGGGCCCGUGUUCCCUCCCAUGGUUCAGAUCUGUGUGUGGUUCAGCCGCCCUCUGGAGAAAACAAGAUUUGUCACCAAGUGCAAAGCAAUCAAGUCGUUGCUCAAGCCAAGUCCUUUUUCUGGAAACAUUUAUCACAUCAUGGGCAAAGUGAAGUUUUCAGAUGCUGACAAAGUCAUUGAAGUGUGUCACAACACAGCAGCAAAUUCCCUCAGCCUGGUGCCUGUUCCAGAGGGCCCAACUCCUCCUGAUUCCAGAAAUGAUCCCAGAGACUGCGGCAGUCAGCAAGAAUAUUUCCUUGUGUUCAUUGGCUGCUCCCUGAAGGAAGAGGACAUCAAAGAUUGGCUCAGAGAAACUGCAAAACAGAAACCUCAGAGGAAAGCCCUGAAAACCAGAGGAAUGUUAACCCUUCAGGAAAUCAAAAACAUCCACGUGAAACGCCACUUGGAUCCACUCCCAGCUGGUUAUUUUUACAAUGGGACUCAAUUUGUGAAUUUUUUUGGUGACAAAAUGGAUUAUCACCCAUUAAUGGACCAGUUCAUGAAUGAUUACUUGGAAGAAGCCAACAGGGAAAUUGAGAAGUACAACAGGGAGCUGGAGGAGCAGGAGUACCACGACCUCUUUGAGCAGAAGAUUUAAGCACGUGGAUGUUCCUGAGUGUUCCUGUCCUUGUGUCAGGAACCAAAAAUGCUCUUUUGUCCUUCUGGCUCCCAAGAAAUCGAGUGAAAUGUCUGUUUUCAGCACUCCUUCCCAAACUAAGGGAUUGUUCCCCUAAGGUUGGCAUUUAACAUGGUAACUGCUUAGCUGUUUGUACUGUCAGGAUUGCUUCCACUUCACCUUAAUUCCAGACUGUACAAAGCAUCACCUGGAAUCUCUGGCUUGUGGUGGAAACGUGGGAAAAAGAAGAAGAAGGAGGAGAAAAGAAGCAAAACUGGAUUUAUUUCCUAAAAAAGGUCAGAAUGUAAUUGUGAAAUUGGGCCAAGGUGCAGAUAUCAAACAGUCCCUGGGCCUCCCUUGGACAUCGUUGCACAGGGGGGAGCUCAGGAUGUGGGAUUGGGGUUCCCAAAGUGAGAAAUGGGGGAACAGCCUCCCAAGAGUCCCCAAUCCCAGAUUUUUUUGGGUGUUCCCAAUGCAAAAAUGGGGGAGUAAUUUAAAAAAGUAAGAGAGUCCCUAAUCCCACAGCUGCUGGGAUGUUCCCAAAGCGAGAAAUGGGGGAACAAUGAGGAAAACUCAGAAAAGUCCCUAAUCCCACAGCUCUUGGUGUGUUCCCAAAGUGAGAAAUGGGGGAACAAUGGGGAAAACUCAGAACUGAGUCCCUAAUCAACAGCUGUUGGGGUGUUCCUAAAGUGAGAGGUGGGGGAAAACUUUCUCAGAGUCCCUAAUCCCACAGUUGUUAAGAUGUUCCCAAAGCAAGAAAUAUGAGAAUGGUUCAAAAACUUAGAAUCCCUGAAUCUGCAGCUCUUGGGGUGUUCCCAAAGCGAGAAAUGGGGGAACAGUGGGGAGAACUCAGAACUGAGUCCCUAAUCCCAGAGCUGUCAGAGCAUUCCCAAAGUGAGAAAUGGGGGAAUAUGAGCACCUGAUCCCACAGUUGUUAGAAUGUUCCCAAAGUGACAGUUGGGGGGACAGUGGGAAAAAUAGAGGAAUCCUUAAUCCCAGAGCUGUCAGGAUGUUCCCAAAGUGAGAAAUGGGGGAACAAUGGGAAAAACUCAGAAGAGUCCCUAAAUGACAGUUGUUAGGAUGUUCCCAAAGCGAGAAAUGGGGGAACAAUGGAAAAACUCAGAACUGAGUCCCUAAUCCCACAGCUCUUGGUGUGUUCCCAAAGGAAGAAGUGGGAGAAUGAUGAAAAAAUUUAGAAUCCCUGAAUCUGCAGCUGUUGGGAUGUUCCCAAAGCGAGAAAUGGGGGAACAGUGGGGAGAACUCAGAACUGAGUCCCUAAUCCCAGAGCUGUCAGAGCAUUCCCAAAGUGAGAAAUGGGGGAGUGGGAAAAGCUUGGAUGAGCACCUGAUCCCACAGUUGUUGGGAUGUUCCCAAAGUGAGAAAUGGGGGAACAGUGGGGAAAACUCAGAACUGAGUCCCUAAUCCCAGAGCUGUUGGGGUCUUCCCAAAGUGAAAAUUGUAGAAACAGUGGGAACAACUCAAAGGAGUCCCUAAUCCCAGAGCUGUCAGGCUGUUCCCAAAGUGAGAAAUGGGGGAACAGUGGGGAAAAUUCAGAAUUGAGUUCCUAAUUCCAGAGCUGCUGGUGUGUUCCCAAAGCAAGAAAUGGGAGAAUGGUUCAAAAACUUAGAAUCCCUGAAUCUGCAGCUCUUGGGAUGUUCCCAAAGUGAGAAAUGGGGGAACAGUGGGGAGAACUCAGAACUGAGUCUGUAAUCCCAGAUCUGUCAGAGCAUUCCCAAAGUGAGAAAUGGGGGAAUAUGAGCACCUGAUCCCACAGUUGUUAGAAUGUUCCCAAAGUGACAGAUGGGGGGACAAUGGGGAAAACUCAGAACUGAGUUCCUAAUUAACAGUUGUUGGGAUGUUCCUGUUCCCAAAGCAAGAAAUGGGGGAACAGUGGGGAAACUCAGAAUUGGGUCCCUGAUCCCGCAGAUGUUGUUGUGUUCCCAAAGUGAGAAAUUGGGGAACACUUUCCAGAGUCCUUAAUCCCAGAGCUGUCAGGGCAAUCCCAAAGGGAAAAUUGUGGAAACAGUGGGAACAACUCAAAAAAGUCCCUAAUCCCAGAGCUGUCAGGGUGUUCCCAAAGAGAGGGAAGAGGGAACGCUCCCACCCCCACCUGUGCCAGGGCUCAGCCCAUCUCAAACUCAGCACAGUUUGAGUCUGCACUCGAAAUUCUGACUUUCAAGAAAAGCUAUUUAUACAUUUCAGGGUGAAACCAGUGGAGAAAUCUUAAUUUCUUCCCAGUGCUCUCACUGGGAUUCUGGAAAAUAUUUCCUGGUUGGCUGCAAUGUGCACCUUGCUUAGAUUAUCCCUGGAGGAUUCCUAUUGCAAUCCUUAAAAUUAGGCAAGGCAAGGGGGAGAUUCUUCAGCUAAAGAAUUCCUUUCCAUGAAGAGAAAUGAUUUCCAAAGGUAAAAAAUAGCAAAGGAUGUUACUUGAAAGAGGCAGGAACUUGUUUGUGGAGCUUCCAGAAGAGUUUGCACGCCGUAACAUUUCACUGUGCUGGUGAGAAAUCAGCUUUUGAAGGACUUGCAACAGAAUUUUCAUAGUUCCUACAUGACAGAGCAGGAAUGCUGGCAGCCUGUGCUGACUUAAUUCAGAAUCAUUUUAAAGGAGGCUUUAUAAAUCCCUGCCUGAAGGAUUAUAAAGUACCUUAGCAGCUACUUACAGGUAAUUAUUGGAGUUUAUUUGAAUAAGCAGAUUAUUGUAGCAUGCAUGUGUUCAGAAUUUAGGUGAGAGCAGCCCAGCAGGAAUUUUUUAUUUUCAUAUUCCUUUGCCUUAGGGACAGCUCAAUCUUUUACUGCAACUGCAGCUUUUCUUUCUGACCAGAUGUUUGUGAUACAGCAAGAAAUGGAACGAAAAAUCUCUUGCAGGACACUUAAAAUACUUCAAAUGUGUCUGCACAGCCUCAUCCCGAGGCAGGAAAAUGAGAUUUAACCCCUGCCAUCAAACCUGAGGCUAAAUUAGAGUUUAUCCUUUGCUAAGGAGAUGUAUUUUUUACCUUUGGAAUAUGAAAUAAGUGAAAUUUCAGUGACCUGAAACACAUUUUAGGUCUUCAUGGCUGGCUGCCUGUCCUGUGAGUGUUGCACAGUGCAGAGCUGGAAUUCCAGGUGCUGCAGGCUGGGAUAGAAAUAUUGAUAAGGUUUCAUUCCUUGCUUUCCUCCUAGAUUUAAAAAGCUGUCUGAAGACUUUAAUAUUUUAUUUUCUUUUUUUUUUUUUUUGCACACCACGAGACUUUAUAUAAAAGCUACUUGUAAUCCUGUUAGAGGCCAGUAAAAGCCAGCAAUUAGUUUGUGUUUUUAGGCUUUCCUGGGGUAUUCCCUGGAUCACAAGUGUGGAGCAUCCUGAUAAAGCUCGUGAGUUUUAUCUAUGCAUGGCUAAAUUUUAGUCUUAAUAUCCUGUAGUGCCUGUAGAGCAAAGGUAGCUAGCAGUGGGUUUGGGGGGCUGCCAGGGGUUUACAGCUCAAUCCAGUUGGUUGCACGAAAUGAUUUCACAGCCCAGAAUUUUUAGGAAUCUCCAAAUUCUGGUGGUGGAGCUGCAAUCCAAAGGGGCAUUAGGAACCUGAGCUCCAGUUGGAAUUGCUUUGCCAAGGAGCUCAGUGUAAACCCAGCUGUUCCAGUGCCAGUUCUCUCACCUGCAAAGCCAUAUUUUAUAGAGUAGUGGGAUGUGAUGUGGGAAGAAAUUCCAGUGGUUGGGACAGCAGGCACGUGGUGGAGGCUUUGUCUCAACUCCUGAGUGGGUACAGAGUAGAUUUAAGUGCAAUUGAUUGAGAAUAGAUGAAGAUGCUGUAGCUGAUUUUUGCUCUGCUGAACUCUUUUUAAGAACUCCAAUUUGUGCAGCUCUCAAAUCAAUAUGGAUGGGGCUUGAUCCAGCUGGAAUUCUAAGCCCUGUGAAGAACAAAAAAAUGGAAAUAAUUGGGUUGUGAGUGUGCAAAUUGAGCUGUUCCUUAAAAACUGGAGCAGAAGAGCUGGGAACAAAGGCCCAGAACCCUCCUGUGCUGUGCUGCAUGUGCUCUAUGGUCAUAGCUGUGUAUCACAAAGACCUUUCACCAGACUGGUACUGGCUCAAUUCAUGUAUUUUGGUAUUGAAAGAAAUUGAUUACCUCAAUUUUUAUCCUUUAUUUUUGAACUGUGACUUUCAAACAGAACAACAAUAAAAAAUAGAAAAAAAAAAAAAAAGAAAAAUACCGAAAUAGUGAAACUGUGACAAUGGAAUCCUUUAAAAGUAGUAGUGCCUUGCAGAUGACACCAUUUAUUCCCAAAUAAAUGGAUGUCAGGGGUUGCAAACCCCCUUUUUUUUUAAAGGAAAAUAACGGUUUUGGUGAAAGGACUUAAAAAAUUUAACCUAGUGACAAAUAUUAGCACAAAUGGUUAAACUGUUUAAAAGAAAACUCUUUGAGGACUGAGAUGCCUGAUGCUGCUGUUGAAGAGCAGUUGCUGAUUUUUUGGGAGUCGAUUCUAACGAUCAGCAGCGCUUUUUGAAUUUUAUUUUAUUUUUUUUUUAUUAGAAGAGUGUAACUUUUGUACUCUGGUCAAAGCUGUUUGUACUGUAUGGAAUCCCCAGCCCAGGGGAUUUGGUGUCCUCACUCCUUGGAAGUCAAGGUGAGGAUGGAACUCGAGGUUUGAACAAUUUUUGCUACUGUAUAAUUAAAAAAAAAACAACAAAAAAGCACCAUUUCUAACCCACUGAUGUUUGGAUCCAGCAAAAGUGCCAUUACACCUUUUCCUUUUCUCUUUUAUUGUACUUGGAAAAAUUUGUGUCCAGGCAUUGCUGAGCUUGGGAAGUGCUGAAGAGUCCUCAAGGGGUUUCCACGCUUUGCUGACCUUUGUUAGCAGCUUGUGGUGGUGUUUUUUUCUUUCUCCUCACCAAGAAUGAGUGGGAUCAGAAGUUACUGAAGUUAUAGGAUUCAAAUGUGACAAACUUAGCAGGGGAACCUGUGCAACUUGAGCUGCUCUGCAAUCUGGGAGGAUUUGAAUUUUAAGCUGUGCAAUUUGGGAUUAAUCCAGUUUUACUCUUUGCAAUUAACACACCUGAUUGCAGGGAGGAGUUGAGUUGCACGUGGGAGUUCCCUAAUAAGUUGGAAUUUCUUUUUUUUAAUUAUUGUUAUUUUUUAAUUGAAACUUGUCUGAAUUUGCACAGAUUUAAGCUCUGGAAUACUUUGUUAUUCUUGAAAAGGGAAAAAAUAAAAAUUGUGACUAGUAUAGUGAAUUGUGAACUGUGAGUUGGUAGAACCACAAGGUUGAUCUAAUCUUAGGUUGUUAAAAAUGUACCUCAGAAAGCUCGUGAGAAAUUGCUUCAUUUUUACCCAACAGCCAGAUCCUGAUGUAACACUUCUCACUUUACAAUGUGCCAAAAUUCACUUUUAUACUAGUUCUCAAUGCUUUAAUAUUUGCAAGUCGAAGUGAAAAACGUGUUCUUUACAAACACUACUGUAACUUCAGUUCAGCUGAAUGGUGUGAUUGAAGCUUUUUGCCUCUCCUAUUUAUUACACAACUUGAUUCAGUAAAUAUAAAAUGACCUUUCCAUUUAUUUUUGUAUUGUUUUACAUGUUUAUACCUGCAGUUUGUGUGACUUUUACACCUGUAACUCAGAUGUGAUGGAAAGAACCAAUAAACAGUAUCCAUCCAC